CACAUGAUCAAAAGUCAUGAAUGCAUAAAAUAGUUAUCCAACUGGGCAAAGUUCAUUACUCGGCUCAUUUUGAAAAGCUGGGGAAGUGUAGGGAGUGUUGGUGUUUGUAGUUGCUCGAAAAUUCAAUUAAAAUUGGAACCAUGUCGACACUACGGUUUUUUGGGGCCUUAUCGAAAAUUUCCCGUACUAACAUAAAGUUUAAGAACACAGCACAAAUCCGCGGCAUGGCCUCACAGGAGAGGAAGCACACGAAGCUCAAAGUUGUGGAUAAUAUUGGAGUCAUAGUCUUAGACUCGCCAGGAGUCAAAGUGAACUCUUUGAAUGGCGAAGUAAUGGGCGAGUUCGGCUCCGUCCUGCACGAGAUCGAGUCCAACCCCCAGAUCCAAGCCGCAGUAUUAAUCUCCGCCAAACCCAACUGUUUCAUCGCAGGCGCCGACAUUACCAUGUUGGAAAAGUGUCAAUCGGCCGAAGAAGCCACAAAAAUAUCACGCGAAGGUCAAGAAAUGCUCGCCGCUAUCGAAAGUAGCAACAAACCGAUCGUUGCCGCAAUUCAAGGCUCAUGUCUUGGUGGUGGGCUCGAAGUUGCACUGUCCUGCCAUUACAGAAUUGCAGUCAAAGACAAAAAAACCGGGCUAGGUUUGCCGGAAGUUAUGUUGGGGCUUCUGCCAGGAGCUGGAGGCACUCAGCGUUUGCCCCGUCUGAGCACCGUUCCAAAUGCUUUAGAUAUGAGCUUGACUGGAAAGACUUUGAAGGCGGAUCGAGCGAAAAAAAUGGGAAUUGUUGACUUAUUGGUUGAUCCUUUGGGACCUGGGUUGGGUGAACCCGAAACUGUCACGAGACAGUAUUUGGAAUCGGUGGCGGUUGAUGUUGCCAAACAGUUGGCCAGUGGAAAAUUGAAAGUUGAUAGGAAGAAGUCCCAGCUUACAGAUAGGCUUUUGGAGUUUGCUUUGCAGUACAAUUGGGUCAAGGAUCAGAUUUUUGGAAAGGCCAAAGCCCAAGUUAUGAAAAUGUCCGGAGGGCUGUAUCCAGCUCCGCUUAGGAUUUUGGAAGUUAUUCGAACUGGGAUUGACAAGGGCCCCAAGGCCGGUUACGAGGCCGAAGCUCGCGCUUUCGGUGAGCUUGCAAUGACCCCGCAGUCUAAAGGUUUGAUGGGUUUGUUCCGCGGCCAAACCGAAUGCAAGAAAAACCGUUUCGGAAAACCGUCAAAAGAAGUUAAAACUGUUGCCGUUUUGGGAGCUGGUUUGAUGGGUGCCGGCAUAGCCCAUGUCUCAGUUGAUAAAGGCUAUAAUGUUAUUCUGAAAGACACAAAUCCGGUGGGUUUGGCACGUGGACUUGGACAAAUUCAAAAUGGUUUGCAAAAUGCCGUUAAAAGGAAGAGACUUACUGGACUGGAGAGGGACCGAUUUUUGUCAAAUCUAGACGCAACUCUUGACUAUAAAAAUUUCAAAAAGGCUGAUAUUGUAAUUGAGGCUGUUUUCGAAGACCUAAACAUUAAACAUAAAGUCGUGAAAGAGGUCGAAGCGAUUAUUCCCCCAGAAUGCGUUUUUGCAACAAACACAAGCGCUAUUCCAAUUUCCAAAAUUGCGGCAGCUUCGUCCAGGCCAGAUAAAGUUAUAGGCAUGCAUUAUUUUUCACCCGUCGACAAAAUGCAGCUUUUGGAAAUCAUCACCACUGACAAAACGAGCAAAGACACCACAGCCCUGGCCGUGGAUGUAGGUCUAAAGCAAGGAAAAGUGGUGAUUACGGUGGGAGACGGCCCUGGUUUUUACACAACUCGCAUUUUAUCCGCCAUGAUGGCAGAAUCCGUAAGACUGCUCCAGGAAGGUGUCGACCCUAAAGAACUGGAUUCCUUGACGAAGAAAUUCGGUUUCCCUGUAGGUGCCGCCACUUUGGCCGACGAAGUCGGUUUGGACGUAGCCUCACACAUUGGACCCGACCUUCUUAAAGCUUUUGGCGAAAGAUUCGGAGGAGGUGACAUGGGGGUCAUGCGGGACAUCGUCCAGGCCGGUUUCCUAGGCCGCAAGUCUGGCAAAGGCAUCUACGUGUACGAAAAGGGAAGCAAGAGCCGUAGCGUGAACCACGAAGCUUUGGAUAUAAUCAAGCGUUAUUCGGUCGAGCCGAAGGGUGCGUUUGAGGAUGAGGAUAAGCAGUUGAGGAUGGUGUCGAGAUUCGUGAAUGAGGCGAUUUUGUGCUUGGAGGAGAAGAUUUUGGCGAAUCCUCUCGAGGGAGACAUUGGUGCAGUAUUCGGGUUGGGCUUCCCGCCAUUCACUGGAGGACCGUUCCGCUGGGUGGACUCGUUCGGUGCUGAUAGGUUGGUGUUUAAGAUGGAGGAGUUCCAGAAAGCCUACGGAUUGCCCUUCAAACCGGCUCAAACUUUGAUGGAUAUGGCGAAGGAUAACUCCAAGAAGUUCUAUCCGCGCAAGUGAACGAUGUAUUAACGUGUGCCUUACACCCUUCGGAAUAUAUUUUCUUUUAUACCCGAAAUCUAUUUCAUACUUUUUUAUAUGUCAGUAAUGCAAUAGCGUGUUCAUUGUUAUUGGACAUAUGGUCUAUUUUUCUGUAAAUAAAUUUUAUUCUAUUUAUCACAA